AAUAUCGACGCAGCUUGAUGUAACUCAGUGUAACGAGUGGAAUCCAUCAUGAAUUUGAGAUGUAUUCUCAAUUCCAGUGCCAUUCUCUUGAUCUUCAUCACAGAGGCAGUUUUGGCUACAAACGAAGAGAUAGUGACGGGAGAAGUCAAAUUCAAAGAUAGACCCAACUUACUCCGCUCAAAGCAGACUGGAUCUCAUGGAAACAUUCUGAGAAUUGGAUCACAGACUUCUAGGAUCAUUUUAAAGGAUGCUAACUAUAGGUGUAGCAGGGAGCCAGAAUCCUCACCUGUGAGACCACAUAUUCAUAAGAUCACAAUGGUACAUGAGGAAGGGAGAGAACCUCAGCCACUGAUUGUUUCAAACUAUUUCAUCUACGCGAUGAGUGAAAUCUGGAAAUGUGAAGCUAUUCCUGGAGAUGCCCAGCAGUCAAUCUUCUACAGAGUAGUGAACGAGCUCAUGAGUAUCAUUGAGAUUUCAAACAUAAAAUACUAUGACGGAAUUGAUGUGGCAUCUGUCAAUUAUUUGGGCAAUGGAUGGAGGGCAAAAGUAAAAGAAAUCCGUUACAUGCUUCAAGAAGGUGAUGAUUACUUCACAUUGAAUUACACGGGAAAAUUGACUCUCUUUCAUGAGGACAAUGCACAGCACAAUGAGAAUCCAAACUCAAUUAAAUCCAAUCAAGAGAAGUAUGGAAUUCAAAUCAAAGAGGUACAAUUCAGUAAUGAUGGAGAGGAAGCAAAAAAAGCUGAUAUUGACUCUGAUGGAAGAACUCUGAAGUUGGGAGCAAGCUGGGUCAAAAAUCGAACUCAACAACUUACAAACUACAAAUGCGAAAAAUAUCUUGGAUUGCAUCCGCUCCCAGGAGGGUUCCAGCCAGAGGUCUAUGAACAGAUCGUUGAUUCUCAAGACCCAGAUAUCAUUAUCUAUGCCAGAAUCACUGAUUCCAAAUUCUCUGACUUGUUCACAUUGACUAGAAGCGAAGUAUGGCUAUGUACAUCUGAGGAGUCGGUAAAUCAGAAUUUGAAGUUCUACCGAAUCGUGAAUGAGAUGAUCGGCAGAUGUAGAAUCAAACGAGUUGAGUAUGGUGAUGGGAUAAGUGCAUUGUCCAAGUUACAAAUCGCAGCUGGACUGAGUAUCAGAUUCACGGAUGUUGGUAUUUUCAACAUCAUAACUGGUGAACGCUUGCAUAAAGAGAUUGCAUAUGAGUUAGUCCCGGGCACACCAGAAAACUCUCACAUAGUACUUGGUGGAGUUACAAAAAUAGAUGUAGAAUACAAGUUACCAUCAACAUCAGUGUAUAGGAUUUUAAUGAGCUCUAGUGGCUAUGAUAUAAUAGUUGGAACAAAAGUGAGAAGUACAACGGACACUAUUGGGAAUGAAGGAACUGAAGCUGUGUGUGUGUCAAUCGAUUACGACAGCAACUUAAUGACAAAUGUUGAUAUGAAAGUUGACGAUGGUGUGUCAAUAUAUUACAAAAAGCCCAUUUAUCACAACAAUAGACAUUACUACAAACAUAUAACUGGGCUGAGUUGGAAAUGUUCUGUGAAUGCAUUAUCAUUCAAUCGAGUUGUCAAUGUCAUAAAUAUAAUAGCCCCUGUGCGCAGCAUUGAGGCUUUUGAUGGCAUUCAAAUCGAGAAAAAAACAUUUGAGAACGGAUUUAAUGAAAUACAAAUAACUGAAACGAAAUAUGUUGCAAGAAAUAACUUCAAGACUCCAAUAAAAUUUCUUGGAACAAUUACUUUUGAAGUUCCUCGCAAUGAGGAUAGAGAAGACUCCAAUCAAGAAAUAAUAAGUGAGGAGGAGACAACAUACUUACAGGGAUUUGCCGACAGCAACAAUUAUUUGAAAGAUUUCACGUCGAAUGAAUAUCAGGAAAUAAGAAUCAGCAAUGAAGAAAAUAAUAUGAAGUUUGUUAUCCCAUCGUCGACGACGACAUUGGGACAUGAGAGCGACGUUGUUGAAUGCAAACGUGUAAAUCGAGAGAGAAAGCUGCUUCCCUAUUUUGAAAUAUACAAAGAUAGCUCUACCAACAUAGUAGAAAAGAUGGUGGAUUUCGAAGACAAUAUAACACAAUCAUCCUACUUCGAGACUGACUCCUACAAACUGUGGUUAUGCCAAUGUCCAGAAAAGGAUUAUGAUUUCUACAGAGCCGUUACAAAACAAACUUUGAAGCGAGAGACUCCACAUAAAAUCGGAAGAAUGGAGUGUUUGAAGCGCGAUCUAGUGUGGUCCAAAAUGGGAUAUGGUAAUCAGUUCUCAGUUAAAAUGAACUCGGUCCGAUACUACAAUUCAACCAAUAGCAGAAACACUGCCAGACACUAUGAAGGCUACAUUGCUUUUGAGGAAGCAAUCCCUUCAGGUAAAUGGAAGAGUGGGACAAGAGAAGUUUCAUCUCUUACGAGCAAUUUGAGGAAGAGAGUGAAGUAUGAGUCGGUGAAGGUUGUUUACGACCUGACACAAGCAAGAUCAGCAAGUAUGUUGCUGGGAUCGUCAUCUCGCACAACGCCUCACAGUAGGUCCGGAGCAGCUUCAGGCCGGUCGACACCAGCUGGAUCUAGAGGUCGGUCCACACCGAUCAGAAAGUCUGGCUCUGGGAGUGCUGACUCCGGCCAAUCGAGAGCGGACAGUCAGCGGGACGGCACUAUUGUCAUUGGCUCCAAUACAUAUCACCAAAUAUUGAAAGGACCAACAGCUAUAUGUGAGAUGCGUAGCAAUUAUGAAGAGUCACCAAGAAAUGGAGAUGAAAGGUUUUUAACUAAAAUAACCAAAGUAUUGUAUUCAGACAACUCGGAGAUAACAGGCUGGACGUAUUUCGAUUUCAAGAUAUUGAAGAUCUGGAAUUGUACAAGCAGUGAUGGAAACAAAUUUCUCAGAGUUAUUAAUCAUUUCAAAAAUUCCUUCAAGAUUGAAAACGUCGCUAAAAUAAUUUAUUAUGAUGGAGUCACUGUUUUUUGGAGACAAAACACAGAGGAAUUAUAUGAGUUUAGAGAAGUGAGAUAUUUUGAUAUGCUAGGCCAAAGUGUGAUAAAAUUUGUCGGAGAACUACAACUCAAAGACCCUACUGAGACUGUGAAUUUGCAACCAGUAAGUCUUGGUGAUGUGGAAAUAUUCCGAAGAGACAAUCAAAACUACUAUCUUAGAGUCAAUGAAUUAUUCAAAACUGUUGUUGGAGAUGAGGGAGCAAUUUUCGAAAUUGGAGAGGCGCAUGAACAAGUUUACAACAGCCCCCUCAAAUGUGAUGAAAUUGAAAAACCGCCAGCUGAAAUGCAGCCUGCACUGACUCCAAAAAUAAUUUCAAUUACAGAAAAAGAAGGGCUAUUCACAAGGACGUUUAUCAAAACAAAAAAUCAUUUCAAUCUCCAACAACGAUUUUGGAAGUGUCAGAGCCCAAAUUCUGAGUUAGAGUCCAUACCAAUCAAAUUUUAUAGAGUGCAAAAUGUACUCAACCCUGAAGGGAAUAAAAAGAUCAAUGUUGUCUAUUAUCACGAUGGUGUAAUUGUGUAUACAAAGGACAACACGACUUAUAUUGAAGAAAUAAAAUAUUUCUUCGAACGGAGACCGUCUGCUGCGAUCAAAAUGAAUGGCCUAGUUAAACUGACAACUGUUAAACUGAGUGAACUGACAACCACAAGGAACAAUGGAUUUAGGGACUUUUAUUACAUAACCACUAAUGAAAGAGUGGGAUUCAAAAAUUUCGAAAGUAAAGGCAUAGUCUUAGAAGUUGGCUUGUCUAGUGAAUAUAUCAAAGGAAGCAUUGGCACUUUGGGAAAAGUGGAAUGUAGUAGAAUGAAUGAUGAUAACUACCCGGAUCUUUGGUCAUCAAAUGUCAUGGAAGUGUCGGCGAGUGGAAAUCAAAAAAUGAGAAUGAGCCCAUUGGCUAAUCCACACGAUUUCUUCAUCACUGUAGAGAGAGAACUAUGGAAAUGUGAAAUGACGAAUUCAAUAGAUAAUACGGUAACAAUUUUCUACAGAGUGAAGAAUAGUUAUACAUCACUGAUGAGUAUUGCUACUAUCUAUUACCACGACGGAGUAACGAUUUCUGCAAUAACAUUAAAACAUGGUCGCACAAUGUAUGAAAUUGAACAAGUCAAAUUUUUGACUAAUCUGACAGAUGUAACUUUCACCAAAUAUGGUGGGGAGUUGACACUGAAAAAUGAGAGGGAUACAGUUGUGGAACGUGUGUUCACCGAGAAUAAUCAAAUAGUGACAGACCCAGCAUCAGCAAAAGAUGGAAAGUUGUUGAAUGGGCAGGUGAAGAUCCUCAUGGUCCUAGCUGUUAUGAGAGGAAAAUGCACUCACUAUGUUGUAGCUAAGAAACUGAGAGAUGUAGAAACUUACUCAAUGAGAAAAUUUCAAACAGAAAUUUUGAAAAAAGGACAUAGAGUAUUGCAGUUGGGAACUUACUGGGAGGAAGAACUUACAAACACCAACGGUGAUAUGAAGUGCCACUUGUACGCGGAAAUGGGUGGUGGGUACUAUCUACCUAGAGUUGUGGAACUGAUUGGUGACAAAACGUAUGUGUUGAACUGGGAUGAAAUUUUUGAAUUGUUUCAUAAGUUCAAGACAGAAGUGUGGCUGUGCUUCAACAAUAAGGAUAGAAUGAUAAGGAUCGACAGCCAGUGGGAAGGCAAAGGAGAGGCUAUGUCCAUUUUUGCUCUCAGACACACUGAUACUGUACAAUUUGAAAUUAUUGAAGAACCCAAUGACAAAUACAUUGUAAGAGUCAAUGAAACUAUCUACUAUAACCAUGUGAACUCCAAGGUUGUCAAGUAUGAUGGUGAAAUCUCGCUCAUGAAAUUGAAGGAACAAGAUCCAUCAAGAAAGAAAAAAUCAAGAUCUUUCAUGGAUUCUAUUGCCAGAGUUGCAUCGAAAGCACUGAAAGCUGUAACUUGUCAAGGUCCCGCUCCACACGAAUAGCGCUAGGAUGAUAGCUUUCCAUUUAUUCUCAAUUAUUCUUCCAUAAAUACACUUCAUAUAUUCAGUUGUCGAGUUUGCAAAGCUGCUAUAGUGAGGUCCACGUUAUAAUGGCAGUGUUUGAUUAGCAAUGGUAUUGCUAUCCUUGUCUAUCAUUCAACAAAGCGGAUAGCGCAAUCUCUGUUGCCAGAUUGUCUUUUAAUAAUGUAGUAUUCAUAAUUAAUUAAAAAAUAUUCAAUCUUAAUUAUAAAAAUUUAUUAUGUAAUUAUUGGAGAAUAUAAUUACUUGCUUAAUAAAAUAUAAUUGAGUAUUUUAAACGAGAAUGAACAGUAAGUUAAUAUUACAUCAAUGAAACUGUAUCAGCUAUCGUCUAUAGAAGUCAUUGACAAGACAGAGGAUCGGCUACGUUGUUCUGCUAUCUUUCUUCACUGCCAUUAUAACGUGGACCUCACUAUACAUUAGCCUCUAGCGUUGAACGAAGAUGGUGCAUAUACGGGAUGUACUCAAAGAUAAGCCUACCCUUAUUAGGUAUACUGCACUUCUUGCGAUUUGAAAGUUUGUUGUGUUGCAAUUGUUUAUUUUGUUCAAAAAUAAAAAAAUAUAUAAAUUCC